CAGUUACGUACUGUACUGGAGCACGGUGCUUGGACAAAUCGAUCCCCCAAUUGAUACCGUUCUUUCCCCCGGACAAUUGAAUGGGAGAAGGAAGGCCUUUUUCCUCCUCACCCUCACCGUCCUCUUGCGCAGUGCUCAUACAGGCGACUACUGCUCGGGCAACGUAACAAAACCCCCUUCCACCCACUUCACCACCUAACGACCCCCAAAUUUCAAUACCGGCGAGCGGUUAUAUAUCUUUUUAGCACACCACCCCACCAAAACUUCUCCUCUCCACCCGGAGAAUCUAGAGUGCGGUGUUGUAGAACGGUCCGUGUUUGGUUGUGGGGUUCGGGAAUCGAGCCUGUUGGUGGGUUAUCGGGAUUUUGUUUUUAAACUGAACGACUGACCCCCUCACUUUGCCGAUAACAAAAAUUUCCGCCUUGUUCUUCUCUCCCUCUUAAUCUUCGACUUCUCCUCCCCUCUCUUCAGUCAAGAGUUCCUCUUUGAGAGUGAGAGAACAGACCGCAAUAUCAGGAGAAGAAGGGACAACAAUCCAAGAAGUCAUGACAAGGAAGAUUAUUUACGGCGCGUCACUCGCAGCAUUUGUGGCAGUUUCCAUCCUAACUCUAACCUCAAUAAUCAUCCCUCGGUGGGCCUCCCACGUCGAAGUAACAAAAGCCGGCCCGAUAACCUACCACUAUGGCCUCCAUAAGCGCUGCUCUAGCCUGACCGGUAGCUGCGAGCGCUUCCCGACAUACUCGGACUGCCACGGGCACGAUCGCUAUUUCUGUUCCAUGUGGCGUUCAAUAGCGUUCUUGAUGAGCUUCGCACUUGUCCUCGAGGGCGCUAUAAUAACUGCAUUUGCAGCGAUUCUCAUGGGCGGGCGAGUGAAGAGGGAGAAUGGGUGGAAGGUUUUGGUUGGGCUAGUACUUAUUUGUGCUAUGACACAAUGCGGUGCUGUGGCGCUUGUGGCGUAUCUUUAUGAUUAUGAUGAUAGGUUCUUUGUUGGGUGGAAGUUGGAUUUGAGUUGGGUCAUGACAACGGUUUCUUGGAGUAUUAUGCUUGUUAUUGCUGGGUUUGUGAGUAUUGCUGGAUGGGUUAUGCCGCCGGAAGGAGGAUAUGAACUUUUGAAGUAA